CCGGCCGGCUCCGCAGCGCCGCGCAGGCGCCCCAGGGCCGCGCGGAGCCGAGCUCCUCCCGCUCCCUCUAGGAGUCAAAAUGGCGGAGAAGGGAACCUGGAGCAGUCCCGGAGCCUGAGCCACUGACAGGAGAGGAGAGGGCGGCGGCGGCGGUGGGAGGAGGAUGGCUGGGGGUGCUGGCGCCAGUGCGGACGGCGGUGCUGGUGGCGGCGGCGGCGGGGGCGACGGCAGCGGUCCCAGCGGCAGCAGCAGCGGCGGGAGGAGCCUCCGGGAAAUGGAUGAAAAGAGGCUGCUGGAUCCAGGGUUGAAGGUUCAUAAAGGCCUCUGGGAUUAUACUCUGAAGAACCCGCAGCCGGAAUGCCUGAGUGACUGAAGAAAAUGGGUGCUAAUGCAUCUAAUUAUCCUCAUUCAUGUUCCCCGAGGGUAGGGGGAAAUUCACAGGCCCAACAGACUUUUAUAGGGACAUCAUCCUAUUCUCAGCAAGGCUAUGGUUGCGAAUCAAAAUUGUAUAGCCUUGACCAUGGCCAUGAGAAACCACAAGACAAAAAAAAGAGAACCUCUGGCCUUGCCACCCUCAAAAAGAAGUUUAUUAAGCGUCGGAAAUCUAAUAGGUCUGCCGAUCAUGCCAAGCAGAUGCGAGAACUCCUCUCUGGGUGGGAUGUUAGAGAUGUCAAUGCAUUAGUGGAGGAAUAUGAGGGAACGUCAGCAUUAAAGGAGCUUUCUCUACAAGCCAGUUUGGCUAGACCAGAAGCCCGGACAUUGCAGAAAGAUAUGGCUGAUCUUUAUGAGUACAAGUAUUGUACUGAUGUAGACUUAAUAUUUCAAGAAACUUGUUUUCCUGUUCAUCGUGCCAUUUUGGCAGCAAGGUGUCCAUUUUUUAAAACACUGCUUUCUUCCUCACCUGAGUAUGGGGCAGAGAUAAUAAUGGACAUCAAUACAGCUGGUAUUGAUAUGCCCAUGUUUUCUGCUUUGUUACACUACCUUUAUACAGGAGAGUUUGGAAUGGAGGACUCAAGGUUUCAAAAUGUCGAUAUCCUUGUUCAGCUUAGUGAAGAAUUUGGAACACCAAAUUCCCUUGAUGUAGAUAUGCGUGGACUCUUUGAUUACAUGUGUUAUUAUGAUGUCGUCCUUAGUUUUUCUUCAGACUCGGAACUGGUUGAAGCUUUUGGUGGAAAUCAGAACUGUUUAGAUGAAGAGCUCAAAGCCCACAAGGCUGUUAUUUCUGCACGGUCCCCAUUUUUUCGAAAUUUAUUACAAAGGAGGAUACGAACUGGUGAAGAAAUCACAGACCGAACUUUGAGGACUCCCACAAGAAUUAUAUUAGAUGAGUCAAUUAUACCAAAAAAAUAUGCAAAAGUGAUAUUACACUGUAUGUAUACCGACGUGGUGGACCUCUCUGUUUUGCACUGUAGCCCCUCUGUGGGGAGUCUCAGUGAAGUUCAGGCUCUCGUCGCAGGGAAGCCAAACAUGACCAGGGCAGAAGAGGCCAUGGAACUUUACCACAUAGCACUGUUCUUGGAAUUUAACAUGCUUGCACAAGGCUGUGAGGAUAUCAUUGCUGAGAGCAUCUCAUUAGAUACCUUAAUUGCCAUCCUCAAGUGGAGUUCUCAUCCAUAUGGCUCUAAAUGGGUGCACCGACAAGCUUUACAUUUCCUCUGUGAGGAAUUUUCCCAGGUCAUGACUUCGGAUGUUUUUUAUGAACUCAGCAAAGACCAUCUGCUUACUGCUAUCCAGUCUGACUACCUACAGGCAAGUGAACAAGAUAUCCUUAAAUAUCUGAUUAAAUGGGGAGAGCAUCAGUUGAUGAAAAGAAUAGCAGAUAGAGAGCCAAACUUACUGAGUGGCACUGCCCAUAGUGUGAACAAAAGAGGUGUAAAAAGACGGGACCUGGACAUGGAAGAGCUCAGAGAGAUCCUUUCUUCUCUCUUACCUUUUGUGCGAAUUGAACACAUCUUACCUAUAAACAGUGAAGUCUUAAGUGAUGCAAUGAAAAGAGGCUUGAUUAGUACUCCUCCAUCAGAUAUGCUUCCUACAACAGAAGGCGGAAAGUCAAAUGCCUGGUUGCGGCAAAAAAAUGCUGGCAUCUAUGUUCGUCCGCGACUCUUCUCUCCCUAUGUGGAAGAAGCAAAGUCAGUGCUGGAUGAGAUGAUGGUGGAACAAACGGAUCUUGUGCGCUUGCGAAUGGUUAGGAUGUCCAAUGUGCCAGACACACUCUACAUGGUCAAUAAUGCCGUGCCCCAGUGUUGUCACAUGAUCAGCCACCAGCAGAUCAGCAGCAACCAGUCAAGCCCUCCUUCAGUUGUAGCCAACGAAAUUCCAGUUCCUCGUCUCCUCAUUAUGAAAGACAUGGUCAGACGACUGCAGGAACUGCGGCACACGGAGCAGGUGCAGAGGGCCUAUGCCCUGAACUGCGGGGAAGGCGCCACCGUCAGCUAUGAAAUUCAGAUUCGAGUGCUAAGAGAGUUUGGUCUUGCAGAUGCUGCUGCAGAGCUGUUGCAGAAUCCUCACAAAUUCUUUCCUGAUGAACGUUUUGGGGAUGAAAGUCCACUCUUGACAAUGAGGCAACCUGGGAGAUGUCGCGUAAACAGCACCCCUCCUGCAGAAACCAUGUUUACAGAUCUGGACUCUUUUGUGGCCUUCCAUCCACCCUUGCCCCCUCCACCACCUCCCUACCACCCCCCAGCUACCCCAAUCCAUAACCAACUCAAAGCAGGCUGGAAACAAAGACCUCCCAGUCAGCACCCUUCACGUUCAUUUUCUUAUCCCUGUAAUCAUUCGCUGUUCCACUCCAGAACAGCUCCUAAAGCUGGCCCUCCCCCAGUCUACUUGCCGAGUGUGAAAGCUGCACCACCUGAUUGUACCAGCACUGCAGGACUGGGCAGACAGACGGUGGCUGCUGCUGCCGCCACCACCACCUCAACAGCAACAGCGGCAGCAGCGGCAGCAGCAGCAGCAGCAUCUGAGAAGCAAGUGCGAACACAACCUGUGCUGAAUGAUCUGAUGCCCGACAUCGCAGUGGGUGUGUCCACACUGUCACUCAAGGACAGGAGGCUUCCAGAGCUUGCUGUAGACACAGAAUUAAGCCAGUCAGUUUCUGAAGCAGGACCAGGGCCUCCCCAGCAUCUGUCAUGUAUUUCACAGAGACAUACACACACUUCUCGGAAAAAACACACACUAGAGCAAAAAACAGACGCCAGAGAAAAUCCACAGGAAUAUCCGGAUUUCUAUGACUUCUCAAAUGCUGCUUGCAGACCUUCUACUCCUGCUCCCAGCAGACGCACCCCUUCCCCUUCGCAAGGUGGAUAUUUUGGUCCCGAUUUGUACAGCCACAAUAAGGCAUCACCAAGUGGCUUAAAGUCAGCCUACCUACCUGGCCAGACGUCUCCUAAAAAACAGGAAGAAGCUAGGAGAGAAUAUCCACUUUCCCCUGAUGGGCAUCUACACAGACAAAAGAAUGAGCCGAUACACCUGGACGUCGUUGAGCAACCUCCCCAGCGGUCAGACUUUCCUUUGGCAGCCCCAGAAAAUGCUAGUACCGGUCCAGCCCAUGUCAGGGGACGAACCGCAGUAGAAACUGACUUGACUUUUGGGCUGACUCCUAACAGACCUUCACUUUCUGCAUGUAGCUCUGAAGCUCCCGAGGAGAGAUCCAGUAGAAGACUGGCAGACAGUGAGUCCCUGGGCCAUGGAGCUCAGAGAAAUACAGAUUUGGAAAGGGAAGAUUCCAUAAGCAGAGGAAGGAGGUCACCAAGCAAGCCGGACUUCCUCUACAAAAAGUCUGCCCUCUGAGAGCAACCUCCAAGUCGUCUGUGCCUGAGAUGUGAAACAUCCCAUUUGAUGAUGUAACCCAACAACUUACAGACCAGUUUAUCAUGCCAGCUGAUAACUCCGUUUCACAUGAUUUUGUUGUAGUUUUUGUGUAUAUAUGUGUUUAUUAGACACAGCAUGCUACAAAGGUUUUUUUUUUUUUUAAAUGUUGCAUCUGUCUGAUUUGUGUUUGAACAAUUAUGUCGGGAAGCAUUUUAAGAACAAGCAGGCUGGCACUUUUUAUUUCUCUUUACAAAUGAUGGAAUUUUUUUGCACUUGUACAUUUAUUUUCUCUGUAUUGAUUUUAUAUCAGUAUGUUAAACUUUAUUGCCACAUUUAAAGGACUGUAUUUUCAUACUUUUUUGCAUUUUACCUUCCAUCUACCAAUCCAUGUGCAUUGGAUUGCACACUAAGAUGUAUUUUCUUACGGAAUAGUUGUGUUUAUUUUUUAAUUAUAGAAAUUCCAAAGAACAGCACGUCAGAAUGCUCCUCUCUUUUCAGUAAUUGUUUCAGUUCAGAGAUCUUCCCACUCAGCCUCCAUAAAUCUAAUGUCCUUUUUUUUUUAAAUAAGUCCUAGGAGCUGGGCUUCAUUCCUCCAGCGGGAGUCCAGUCAGGGUCCUGAAGUUUGCUGGUUCAGGAAAGAACAGGAAGGAGAAAAGCCUUCUGUGGCCAGGCUAAAGCUGUUAUAUUUCCAGUGUGGAUGCAGUCAGAAUCCCUGCACAUUCUGGUCAUAAGGAUUAGAGUCACCAAAUGAGGCUCCAAGGAGAUCUCAUCCUUUGGAAUUAGAAAGCAGUGGAGACCGUGCACAGUGACUCACACCUGUGAUUGGCACUUUGGGAGGCCGAGGCAGGCAGAUCACUGGAGCUCAGGAGUUCAAGACCAGCCUGGGCAACAUGGCGAAACUCCAUUUCCAUAAAAAAUACAAAAAAAAAAAAAAAACUAGCCAGGCAUGGUGGUGCACGCCUGUAGUCCCAGCUACUUGGGGGGCUGAGGUGGGAGGAUCGCUUGAGCCUGGGAGGUUGAAGACUGCAGUGAGCCAAGAUUACACCACUGUGCUCCCGCCUGGGCAACAGUGAGACCCUGUCUCCAAAAAAAAAAAAAAAGGCAGUGGAAAUAGAGAAGUAACUUAAAGGGCACACUGACAGAAUUUCUGGUUCUGAGCGUCAACUCUCCAGCUGCGAUGGGGGAACUGACUGCUUGCUGCCUUUAAUUGUCUUACUCUCUAUGGGAAAAAAACAAAAGGGCUUCAGUCUCAUGGAUGUUAUUUGGUGUUUGUAAACGUAUGUUUUCUUUUAAACGAUUUUCAAAGUAUGUCUAAAUUUUGGUGUUGGGUAAUGCAUAAUGCUUUCUCACCAACAAAAAAGGAAAAAAAAAAUGUUUUCAGUUAAACACUACAUGUCCUACUUGAACUCCACUGGGACGCUGGUUUGGCAUUUACUAAACCACUGAGCACAUGGGGUCUUUCCAGAUCCUCUCCCUUGGAAGGGCAAUGUGUGAGCUAAGGACUGUUUUUUUCUUACUCUCCACUGUAAAUAUAUUAGUAUUUGAGUUUUUAAAUUACUUCAACAUUAUUUGAGCAUUUACUUUGUAUUUUUACAAACACAUAAUAAACACACAGCCGUAGCACUUAGAAGAAAAGAGGCUUUCCAAACAUUCCUUCCUCUACAGGAUAUUUGGGAGCCUUUUUUCUAUGUAUGUAUAUAUAUAAAAAACCAUGAAUCGCUCACACUCACUCGAAAACUAUGCAGGGCUAGGAAGCCUCUACGAGCUACCGGAUAAAUGAAUUACAUGCACUUUGAAGUAAAUAGGUUUUCUAUUGGGUGUCAACAACUCUGAUUUCUCCCAAAACUAUAGUUUCUCUUAUGGUCUUUUCUUCCUUUACCCUGUGGAUAUACACUCAGGAAUAAUCUGACAUUUUAGAAAAACCCGAACAAUAGAUAGUCUCCAAGAUGGGAAACAUGUCGUGUGUCUGCACACACCGGCAAACUGCCGCCGCUCGUUCUGCUGCCUGGCUGGUUAGCUGCUGUACGGGUGCACUCGGUGACGCUGGUGGUGCAAGCUCCCGAGCUCCCAGAGUUAACACUAAUCUGCAGGUCGGCUGUGCAUCGCACUGGAGGCUCCUUUUUUAAAGAGAAAAACAUAGGCCUCUGUUCUCAUUUGUAAGAAAUUUGACUCAUAAUAGAAAACGGUGUCUUUUGAAGCCCAGCCUCUGUCUGUCUGCAGAAACAAAAGCGAAUGCCAUCAUAUUCCUUGAUGUGUGUUUCUACCACAUAUGUAUGUUGACAUGUUCAUGUACUGCGCUGGUACUGCAAGUAAAACAGUAGACCUAAUUUGGAUGGGGAGAAAAAACUCAUCCCUGACCCUUUUUUUUUUUCUCCAAAUGUUAGACCAGAGAUGUUGAUCCCACACGUUCAUUUUUCUGAAAAUUCAUGAACUAUUCUCUCAUAUCCCUGAAAUAUAAUUAUAAAAGUAAAUGGCCACUAUUCCUAAGAUUAUUUAGUUUAUAAAGUUUGCUUUUAAUCAUACAGUAGCUUACCUGGCUAAAACUGUGUGUAUAAAGGGAAAACUUGCUUUAAUCUGUGGGAUUGCGGACUGGUGUGACUUGCAGAAGGUUAACAGGUGUGGGUUUUGUGUGUGUUAGAUGAGCUGUUAGUGGACUUUUAAUGUAUCUUGUGAAGUAUGGUUACUAAGGUAGGUUGAAGAGCUACGUGCCUCUGGCUUUUGAACCCAUCUAUUAAAUCUUUUUUAAUGCUCUACUAAGAUAAAUGUGAAGUCUAAGUAAGGUUGCUCUCAGAUAAAAGCAUAUAUAUGUAUAAAAUAAAAUUUAGGCCAUGGGAACUGGCAUUUUACUUGGUAUAGGAAUUUAGUGAGAACCAAAUCACAAAAAUACCAGAUCUCCUUUUGAGAUUGUGGACAAUCAGGCCGUUUGGACAAUCACCACUUCCAGUGCCCGCUGUGUGUUGAGGUUGGAGAACUACCGUUUACAUGCUAGAGCCAAGAGAGGACAUUCAAGUUUCUUAAAGAUGCUGUUGGUCUUUUUUCUUAUGUUAUUGUUUUAGUUUUGUGAUUUUUAUGAAUAAUUUUAAGUUCAGAGUCAACCCGUGGCUCCUAAGGAAAAAAACAGCAGCAUGAAAGGCAAAAAGCAUUUGAAACAUAGUUGUUUAAGUUUUCCACGCCCAUUCGCACAUGCCCCUUUUAGCUUUAUUUCUGGGAACAUGUCCCUAGACCUCAGCUAGCCUGACACUGCAAUAACCCGUUAGGCUUUGAGGGUUUUCAGUGAAUUCUUGAUAUUUAAGUCUUCUUAUAGAAUUCUUUAUGAAGCCUUACCUAAUUCUUGUUUUUGCUUCCUCAGAAACUUUAUUAUACCUGCCGUCCUUCAUUGGAUUUUUGUUUUGGUUUGUUGUUGCCAUUCUAGCAAAGAGCUUAGUCCUUGUACAUCUGCAUUAAGGUACCAAUGCAGAAGGCAAACUGGAAGCACGCGCCAGCGGCAGUGGGGCUCAAAGCCGACCUCCAUGCAUCAUUCUCUAGAGUUGAAAGGACUGACGUUUCUCAGUAACUACCUGGCAAAAUAUAUAUUUUCAUAAUGCUGAAUUUAGAAAAAAAAUGUUUCAUGAAACACUUGUAAGAUACUUAUUUUGAAAUUAAUUCCAAGGCAUUCAUAUUUUUAGGACUGAAUUCAAAGGGAAAUGCUUCUUUGACUUUUUUUCAUUGUUCGGUUGACUUUCAGCUUUCCGGAGUGACUAUUAAAGCAGCAGUGAUGGGUGCUAUUCCUGGUUCUGCGGUAGUUUACUUUGUCUACUAAGUGAUUUACUUUCAAACCUCAUUACAGGUAAUCUUACAGAUAAAAGACUUAACAUGCACACUGCUAAAAGGUGUUUUACUGUUUUCCAUUAACACUGUUGUAUGAACAAUAUUUGGUGACAUGUCUUUUUGUCCUGUAGAUUGUCAUAUCUGUUACGUAGUUAUCCUAUUGGCAAGUCCUUUGAUUUUUUUUUUUUCCUCUAGAAAAUCCUCAGACUGUCAAUCUUCCAUAUUCUGAAUAUUAUAAUGCUGUGGCCAUUUCUAUAGAAAGAUUACUUGCAAGUGUGUGUCUUGAAAAUAACCUCUUGUAUUUGUGUGUUUAUGUGAGUUCUGUCUAAGAGGUCAGAUAAGCUCUGGAAGCUUCAUCUUCUGUACCUACACGUGACUGUGUAUCUGGGUUACAUGGGCAGGCGGUACCAAGUCCUGCUCUUUGAUGGGGUGGCUGAGAGAUAAGGGUUCCUGAACUCUCCUUGCUGUGUAUGCACCACAUCUGUGCUUCAGAGCGGUGGAAAACCGUCUACAACACUGCAUUUCUUGUGGUUGUGCUGUUACUGCUAUAAAGUCAAGUGCCUUCAAUGCUAAAGGCUCAGAAAUUUUUCUUAAACUGAUUUCAUGUCCUAUGCAAGUGUUUUCUACAACCUGCAUAACCAGUACUUUGUAAAACUUGUUUACGCUUCAAUUGUACAUAGUGAUUUUUAAAGAAAUAUAUAGUAUUUUUAUUUAGGUACCUCCAAACUUGAAUUCGUCUGUGUGAAGCAUUGUAAAAUGAUACAUUUCUCUUUUGAGUACCAUUACAGUUGUACAGAGGUUUUCACUGCUUCUAUUUUUCUACUGUUACUGAUAAGCAUGUAACACUGACUUUACCCUACAUAUAGUUGGCAUUUCAAAUAAAUGGCUUGUAUAGAA